AUGGCCGGAAAAGCCAACAGCGGGACUGAUCCCAUCCUGCGAAAAGCGAUCCGCGAAGAGAUACGCAGCUGCCACCAACAAUACAAGCCAAUCAAUCGGGAGGAGAUCAAAGCAAGGUAUCUGAAGAAGAAUCCGGACCUCGUUAACUACAUCAACAACAUUGUCGAUGGCUACUCGGAUCAUCUCGAGUCGAAGUUGAAGACAGCGAACUCAGCUAAGAGCCCACUCCCAACUCAGCCUUCAAAUGGACCAUCACCAAUUCCCACCCUCCAAAACCGUCCCAGUAACAAUAUACGGUUACGAGACAUUUCAAAAUCACUUGAAUCUCAUUAUCAAACAGAGUCGUCUCGUACAGGAUCUUCAGCCUCGUCUUCACAGCUCAAUCCAGUCGCUGGUUACCGCGGCAGUAGUGGAUCGGGCGAGGAAUCGAGCAGUUUUGAUGUGGUCGACUCGGCCAGUAUCAGUGACAAUGAGAAUCUGGAUAAUGUUCUUUUGCAAGAAUUCAAGGACGACCUCUAUGGAAACUUUGACAAGAGAACUUCCCAUGGCACUCCUGCAGUUCCUCCUCUGGAGGUUCAGAAGCACUUACUUGCCUCUAGUGAGAACAAGAACAACAGGAUGAAGGACACUAUACCCACUGAACAUGCUGUUUUGGUCUCUCCUGCUCUUGAGAGCUGCGGAUAUUCCAUGCCCCCCCAGUUUGCACUAGUCGGGAAGAUCCCUCAAGCGGUGAACGCAAUACCGGACCCAAGAAUCAUACUUAAUACGAAUAUACCGUUCUCAGCUUUUGUCUGUGGCGUGCAAGGUAGCGGCAAGUCGCACACCACUUCUUGUAUGAUCGGAAACCUCAGAAAAUCGGUUUCAACUCUCGUCCUGCAUUUUAACGAGUACAGUUCAACGGUCAGCUCCCAGCCCAGUGAAGCGGCUUUCCUUGCGAGUGUCAUGCCUGAAUACACGAAGCAGCAGCCGAUUCCUCUGCGCGUUCUCGUCUCCCCAACUAACUUCCAUAACCUUGCGAAGAUGUACUCACAGAUACCGAACGUCCAGGUUCAGGUUUUCAAGAUCCAGCCUAGACAUCUCAACAUAAGUAUGAUGCUUUCGCUUAUGUCCGUCUCUCAAAACGACGGCAUGCCUUUGUACAUGGCCCAAGUAACUCGAGUUCUUCGGGAGAUGGCAAUGGAGAGCGGCGGCCAUUUUGAUUACUCUGAUUUCCGGAACCGUUUGAGUGCUCUCCGUCUCGAUCGUGCUCAGACUCCGUUCCUGUACCAGAGACUGGACCUGCUUGAUUCAUAUCUUGACCUAACCGGAAAAGUUACGGGUGAUUAUUUCGUUGACGGCGGUGUUACGAUCCUAGACCUAUCAUGCCCGUUCGUUGACCAGAGCACAGCGUGUACUCUUUUCCGGAUCGCUAUUGACCUAUUUCUCUAUGCUCACCCCUCCCGUGGCAAGAUGAUCGUUGCCGACGAGGCACAUAAGUACAUGACAGAUACCCCGGCCGCAAAAGAACUCACUGAGACCUUUCUGACCAUAAUCCGACAGCAACGACAUUUGGGGGUUCGCACCAUAAUUUCCACUCAGGAGCCCACAAUCUCACCUAAACUGAUCGAUCUCUGCUCAAUAAUCAUUAUCCACCGAUUCACCAGUCCUGAAUGGUACAAGACUCUUCAGAGACAUGUCCCGAUGGAUAGUGGAAAUACUAGAAGCAACGAAGAGGGUAUUCCCAAUGGCCUGUAUCGGAUUGCUAACCUACGCACUGGCGAGGCUAUUGUGUUUGCUCCUUCGGCGCAUCUCGUGGGUGAGGACGACGUAGUGAUCGAUACCAGACAUCGCACGUUUAGGAUGAUGAUGAGGAAGAGAGUUACAUGGGAUGGUGGGCGAACUAUCGUCUGCAUUCGCUAA